CAGAUUGCAGCUGACUGUUCCUGGGAUGAGAGCGUCCCAGUACUCCCAGUGAGUUUUGACAAGGGGAGGGAACGAGAGGCAGCCUGGCUGCUCUCCUACUGGAGCCGUGAUAUCGGGGACUCGCCAGCUUCCCGCACGCUGUCAGCGCUCAGAGCGGUGCCGGCAAGGACGCGGGUGGCUCUGCUAAAUCUCACCACCGGACUCUCACAUCAUCCCGGUGCACGAGAAAGAAGAAUUGUUCCAGAAUUUACUGGGACAGAUUGCCGAGCAGUUCUCAAGGGUUUUUAAAAUCAAUGAACUGAAAACGGAAGUAGCUAAUCACUUGGCAAUGCUGGAGAAAAAGGUGGAACUGGAAGGCCUGAAAGUUGUGGAGAUUGAGAAAUGCAAGAGCGAUAUUAAAAAGAUGAGGGAGGAAAUGGCAGCAAGAAGCAGCAGGACUACCUGUCCCUGCAAAUACAGCUUUUUGGAUGAAAACAAGAGGCCAACACCCCGGCGAGAUGUGCCGUCCUACCCAAAGUACAUGCUGUCCCAGGAGACCAUAGAAGCACUUCGGAAACCAACAUUUGAUGUCUGGUUGUGGGAGCCCAAUGAGAUGCUGAGCUGCUUGGAGCAUAUGUACCAUGAUCUUGGACUGGUCAAAGACUUCAACAUCAACCCCAUCACAUUAAAGAGGUGGUUGCUUUGCAUUCAUGACAACUACAGAAACAACCCCUUCCACAAUUUCCGGCACUGCUUUUGUGUGACCCAGAUGAUGUACAGCAUGAUCUCACUCUGCAGUCUUCAGGAGAAAUUUUCCCAAAUUGACAUCUUGAUUCUCAUGACCGCAGCAGUGUGCCACGACUUGGACCAUCCAGGCUAUAACAACACCUAUCAGAUAAAUGCACGAACGGAGCUGGCGGUACGCUACAAUGACAUCUCCCCACUGGAGAACCAUCACUGUGCUGUGGCUUUCCAGAUCAUUUCCCAGCCAGAAUACAACAUUUUCUCCAACGUUGACCAGGACCAAUUCAAACAGAUAAGACAGGGGAUAAUUACAUUAAUUCUGGCUACCGACAUGGCGAGACAUGCAGAAAUACUGGACUCUUUCAAGGAAAAAAUGGAAAAUUUUGAUUACUCAAAUGAGGAACACAUGACCUGCCUGAAGAUGAUACUGAUAAAAUGCUGUGAUAUCUCCAAUGAAGUCCGCCCAAUGGAAGUCGCUGAGCCCUGGGUAGACUGCUUGCUAGAGGAAUAUUUUAUGCAGAGUGACCGAGAAAAAUCGGAGGGUCUUCCAGUGGCGCCUUUUAUGGACCGUGAUAAAGUAACCAAGCCAACCGCACAGAUCGGCUUCCUGAAGUUUGUUCUCAUCCCCAUGUUUGAGACAGUAACAAAGCUAUUCCCUGAAGUGGAGGAGAUGAUGCUUCAGCCCCUUUGGGAGUCCAGAGACCGCUAUGAGGAGUUAAAACAGAUAGAUGAUGCUAUGAAAGAGCUGCAGAAGAAGAAAAGUGACAGCCUGACCACUGGCACUACCGAAAAGUGAGAAGAAAAAGACUUUGAGCAAAAUGUUGCCCCUACAGUUAUUUUCUUCUUGAGAAACAUUGCAUUUGCCAAACGGAUGUGGCGGAAUCCAGCAGAAAGGACACUUGGGAUGAGGUGGCCAAGAUGGACACCAAGAUGGCACACCAAGAUGGACACGCAGGCCAUGGCACAGCUCCUUCCCCGCUGGGUUUGCCUCUACGGCCAGCACUGGGAACUGCUGUCUCCAGGGACGAAGUGGAGCUAAGCUAAGGAGCUGUUUCUGUUAAACAAACCGCUGGUGUCCAAAACAAAUGAAAACUUGUUUUAUUCAAGAUCCUGCACAUACCUGUAUUGCAGUAUGCUAUUACAGCACAGCUUAACAGAUGCUUAUGUAAUGACAGGGGCCUGGCAGAUAUUUUUGUUUGCCAGGUAGGCCCUAAUAACACAUUUCUCUGUAUUAUCCUAUGAAUUUUAUAGUGUUCACAGUACAUUCAGAAGCCCAGCAUAGUGGAUGCAGUUUUCUUUUCUGCACUAGAAGUCAGAAGAAGCCUUCAUGGACUUACAGGUUUGCUUUGUGCCCAGCAGUGUCAGGGGUCCUUUGGCAUAAGCAAAGGGGAGCACCACACAGCACCACUGCGCAGGUUUUUAUCCUCAUGAAUGGAAUGCAAAAAGUGACAGCAUCAAGAAGAACCUUCAAAGAUGUACAGAUUUUUAUUUUAUUUUUUUUUUUACUUUUAAACUGAUCUGCUAAAUAAUAUAUUCUUCUACAGAAAGGGGUGUCGUAGUAGUCCUUGUUUUGUUUUGUGUUAUACACUCAGGUAGGACCCAACUCUGCUGCCAGAUGAGUGCUUUCAUAAUGAAUACAAGGUGAGGGGCUGUACAGGAGAGGGGAGGGUCUGGUCUCCAGAAGAGGAGAGGCAUUGGUAACGUUUCUGGUCUUACAACCACAUCACAAGGGCAACACUUCCAGCAAUGUAUUCAUAGAGGCAGGAGCCCAGAUGCCGCUGUGGGCUCCAGUGCACUGCCUCACCCUGCAAAUCUCCUUCCCACCAGCCAUGACAGGUGAGCCCACACCAGGCUGCUCAUCCACUCCGGUCUUCUUGCAGUGGGGAAAGGCCGCCCUACACACACAAGGCCUUCUCCUCACACAGCUUGGCUGCCAUGGCACUGAGCCACAUGCCUGCCUCCUGGCACGACCUAUUCGUCCUUGCACACCUCCUCAGGCCCAUGGGGACCCACAGUCAGCUCUCUCUAUCAAUGCCUCUGCCUUCCUGGCUCCUUUACCAGCUAUUUGUGCAUGUGCCUUUGGGCUUGCUGCAAGCAAACAGAAGCAGGGCCUGACCCUUGGAUUUGCACAGUCCUAGGGGAGCCCCAGGGAGAUGAGAAGAUCCGAGUGUGGGGUCAGCUCCAAGCUGCACAGAUAUCCUCACAAAUGAAUGAACUAAGCCCUAGAUUUGAUUAACCUCAAAACUUGUGGUGUUUGGGAGCUGGAUCUGGGCUGUGUGGUCUGGGCCUUUUCUUCUGCACUAAAUCCUGUAAUCCAAAGUACAUUGUGACCCAGAUUGUUUUGCUGUGGAAUUCUUCUCUUCUUUUUCACAAAUAAAUCAAAUUUACCAUC